ACAAGUAUAGAAAUUCAAGUAAAACAAGUAAUCCCGAUGUUGAUGUUUCAUUAUUUAGAAAUCAUUUUUCUAAAAUUCUAAAUACACCUGUUGAAAGUAGUUUUAUUUCAGAUAAUGUACAAAUAAUAAACGAAAGGGAUCGAUCUGUUGAUAUUGAUUGUUUAGAUAAGCCUUUUGACGUACAAGAAAUUUUUUCGAGGUUUCGCUUGGCUUAAAACAAGGGGAACCACUCUCGCCAAUACUUUUUAUACUCUUCGUAAAUGACGUCACAGCAAACCUUGAUUUUAACUCAUUAACAGAGUACGACUUGCAACAGCUUUCUAUUUAUUUGUUGAUGUUUGCAGACGAUAUGGUACUAUUUACUACCGACCAGAAGAGUCUCCAGGCACAGCUAGAUAGCUUGUAUAUUUACUCUGUUAAAUGGGGGCUUAAGAUAAAUAUUGAUAAAACGAAAAUAUGUAUUUUUAGAAAAAGAAAACAGAAUAUUGAUUUUCAAUGGUACAUUAAUGAUACACCAGUGGAAACUGUGAACUCUUUUUGCUAUCUUGGUGUGAAAUUUAAUUGUAAUGGAGCUUUAUCUGAAGCUAUUAAGGCACUGUCUGAUCAAGCACUUAAAGCUGUUAAUGGUCUAUAUUCACUAUUUUCUAGGUUAAAAUUUGAUGUUAAGACUAAAUUGACACUCUUUGAUCGUAUGGUUGAACCAGUUUUAUUAUAUUGUGCUGAAGUAUGGGGCGUAUACGAUACAAGUUGCUUAGAUAGAAUUCAUAUGAAAUUUUGUAAAAGGAUACUCGGUGUAAAAAUGCAAACCCCAAAUAUGGCAGUGUUGGGGGAACUUGGAAGGUAUCCUCUCUCAAUACUGUGUAAAGAGAGAGUUCUAAAAUAUUGGUUAAAGCUUGUAAAUAAUCCAGAUUCUAUCAUGACUGAUAUUUUUAGAGACCAAUGUAACAAUGUCAAUUCUCCCCGAUGUACAAACUGGCCCAAAUAUGUUAAAACUCUUUUAGAACAAUUAGGAUAUGGAUAUUUAUGGAACCAUAUAGCGCCAAAUAUUAACUAUUUUCCAAUGCUACAAAAACGGUUAAGAGACCAGUUUAUACAGGAAUGGCAUGGUAGUAUUACAAACAUGCCAAAACUAGAAUAUUAUUCAAGAUUUAAAACGCUGUUUAUGUUUGAACCAUAUCUCACAAAUGUUGAUUAUGAUUACUUAAGAAAAUUACUCAGUUGUUUCAGAAUGUCUUCACAUUGCUUAGCUAUUGAAACUGGAAGGUAUAGUGGUAUAGCUAGAGAUCAAAGAAUAUGUCAAAAUUGUAAUUUAAAUGUUAUAGAAUCUGAGUAUCAUGUGUUAUUGACUUGUCCUAAAUAUAAAAACUUACGUUCAAAAUAUUUGCCAAAAACAUCGUGGCCAAAUCUGAAAAUGUUUGACAAUUUGUUGUCAUCUGCUAAGAAAAAAGUCCAAUGGAAUAUAUGUAAAUAUUUGAAGGAAAUUUAUUUGUUAAGGGUUUGAAAUCUUGAUUACAAAUUAUUUAUACGCAUGAUUUGAAAGAACUGUAUACUGUUCAUUAGCCAAAGGCAUAUAUAUGUCGAUUAUGCUAAUAAAUGUUGUUGUUGU